UAUAAAUGGAGGACACAAGAGCAAUUAUAUCUGGAUUAUACUUUUUUUUAUAUAUAAAUAGUCUGAUGUUGAUUGAGAAUGCAAAUUACAAAUUUAUUUUACGAAAAUGAGGCAGUGCGUUAUUUUAAGUGUCCUUUUUUUCUGUGUUGUGAGGGGAAAAGUUGUCGUUGAAAAAAUCGAGCAAUGUGGCGAUGGUGCGAAUUAUAAAAUAAAGUUUUCAAGUCAUUUGAGAGAGGAGGGUGGUGUUCAAAUAGCUGGAGGUUCUUUGAAAACUGAAAUCGAAACUGGAGACAACGUGGAGAACAAUGUGGACAUUUAUGCAUUAGAAAACGGUGAAUUCAAAUUCAUAAUCAAUGCGAAAGAAACAUGGUGUAAUUCUCUGCACAAUUAUAUGGGAGACUUUGGUUACGACAUGCAGAAAGCAGCUGGUUUAAAUCCAGGAACUUGUCCAUUACCAGCGGGAGAAUAUUCCAUAAAAGACCAUCCUCUAGACUUCAGUAAAUUCAAAUUCCAAGAUGUACCAAAGGGAACACUUAAAAUGGUGGAUAACAUAAUUGAUGCGAAAACAAAAGAGAAACUUGGAUGUAUUGAGCUUGUAGUUGCUAUUAAUGGUGAUUGAUCGAUCAUCUGAAUUAUCACUGUUAUUAUAACAAUUCAACAAAUAAAUAUUAAGGACCUUUA